CUUAUUCGAGCCAUCAGAGCAGCUCGUACUGCAGCAGACGAGCGUGCUGUUAUUUCAAAAGAAUGUGCCCAAAUACGGGAUAUAUUUAGUGAAGAGGACAAUGACUUUAGGUCCAGAGCAGUGGCCAAGCUUUUAUACAUUCAUAUGCUCGGUUACCCGGCACAUUUUGGACAGUUGGAAUGUUUGAAACUGAUCGCAUCCCCAAAGUUUACGGACAAGAGAGUCGGUUAUCUUGGUGCUAUGAUGUUGUUGGAUGAAAGACAGGAUGUUCACUUACUUAUAACGAAUUCCUUAAAAAAUGAUUUGAAUCACAACAGUCAAUUCAUCAUUGGACUGGCAUUAAGCACACUGGGAAGUAUCUGCUCUCAAGAAAUGAGUCGAUUUGGCAGUUUUCCCAAAUCCUUGAUUAAAAAUUGUGUGUAUGUAUGUGUUAUGCCAAGUUCAUAUUUCAUUUCUCUCCAGGCUGCUUUAUGUGCUGUUCGAAUUAUUCGUAAGGUACCAGACUUGAUGGAAAUUUUUGUCCCAAUAACGAGGUCACUUUUGAAUGAGAAAAACCACGGCAUUCUCCUGACUGCCACUUGUCUCAUUACCGAGAUGUGCGAACUUAAUCCAGAGAUCGUGGCGCAUUUUAGAAAACACGUGUCGACUUUGGUGAAGAUUCUCAAGAACCUAAUCAUGUCUGGUUAUUCACCUGAGCACGAUGUCUCAGGCAUCAGCGAUCCCUUUCUUCAGAUUCACGUCAUCCGUUUGUUGCGUAUUCUUGGGAGGAACGACGAAGAAGCAAGCGAUACGAUGAAUGAUGUACUUGCACAGGUGGCAACGAAUACGGAGACAAGUAAAAACGUCGGCAAUGCUAUUUUAUAUGAAACUGUUUUGGCCAUUAUGGAUAUCAAAUCAGAAAGCGGUUUACGAGUCUUGGCUGUUAAUAUCUUAGGAAGAUUUUUGUUGAAUAAUGACAAGAACAUUCGCUAUGUCGCCCUCAAUACUUUGUUAAAAACUGUCAGCGCCGACUAUCAAGCUGUCCAGCGUCAUCGCAGUACCAUUUUGGACUGUCUAAAGGAUCCUGAUAUUUCUAUACAAAGGCGCGCAGUGGAACUUUCGUUUGCUUUGAUAAACUCCAAUAAUAUACGUGGCAUGGUGAAGGAACUUUUGGCUUUUCUCAAUAACGUUGAUCCUGAUUUGAAAUCAUACAUAACAUCGAAUAUCUUCCAAGUUGCUGAGAAACAUGCUCCCAAUAAAAGGUGGCACAUUGAUAUAAUGAUGAAAGUUUUAACUACAGCUGGAAACUAUGUUCGUGAUGAUACAGUUCCAAGUCUUAUUCAUAUGGUUGCGUCAAGUGAUACUUUACAAGCUUAUGCUGUUCAGCAACUAUUCACUGCCAUUCAAGAUGAUAUUAGUCAGCAAUCAUUAGUACAAGUUGCUGCAUGGUGUACCGGAGAGUUUGGUGAACUUUUGUUUAAAGAUAUUGACGAAGAUGAAUCCCUGAAUGUGACCGAGAACGAUGUCGUGGAUAUUCUUGAAGGAAUGUUGGCGAGCAAUCAAUUGAAUCAAGUCUCAAAAGAAUAUUCCUUGAAUGCGCUAAUGAAACUGAGUACAAGAUUUACAUCAAAUCUUGAUGCGAUAAAAAAAUUGAUUCACCGUUUCUCUGAUAACAUGGACGUCGAGCUUCAACAAAGAUCUGUUGAAUAUGUGAAACUGUUUAAAAACUACGAUGAAAUGAGGAUCGGUCUGUUAGAGAAUACCCGUAUUGGAUACGAAGAAUGGAACCACGAGGAACAACCUGUUCCUGAACAGAAGCAAAAUAAACCAACAGAGUCCACCACGCUUCUCGAUCUUCUUGGCGACACGUCAUCUGCGCCUGCCCCAUCAACCCAACCGCAGGCAUCCCAACCGCCAGCAUCCCUACCUCAACCCACUCCCCCCUCCACCAAUGGUAGCAAUCUUCUAGACCUGCUAGGUGAUCUUGACAUGAAUGUCACAAAUUCAGCACCACCACCUUCGAUGAACUCAGUCCCUCCAGCUGCACCUAAUACCAUGGUUAAUUUGUUGGAUGGUCUUUCCUCAAAUCCACCCCCCGUGGUACAGCAAGAUUACACAAAUAAUCUCAUACCUUCGUUCAACCAACCGUUGGCCGCGCAGCAAGGUAUUCCGUCGUUAAUAGCGUACGAUAAAAAUGGAAUCAAAAUCGACUUCAGCUUUCAAAAAGUUGAAAAUAAUCCUGCCAAUAUUGUGGAUAUUUCAUUAAACGUAACCAACGCUAUGGCCGUUCCUGUCACUGAUUUUGUAUUUCAAGCAGCAGUACCUAAGACCCUACAGCUUCAACUUCAGAGUCCAUCUGGGAAUACAAUUCCACCAAAUAAUUCUGGACAAAUAACGCAACUGGUUAAAGUUGCCAAUCCACAGAAGGCGCCGUUACGUAUGCGAAUCAAAGUGAAUUACGUCAUCAACGGCUCGCCAGUCUCCGAUCAAGCCGAGAUUAACAAUUUUCCUCAACUCUGACAAAUCAUGGAUCAUAUAAUCUGCUUCAUUAUUUCAUAAAACGAUUUUGGAGUAUUUGACAAAUAUUUCUACGCGAAACAUGCGUGUCAGUAUUCAGUCGUGUUUAAUGCAAAUGCUUUUUGAAAUUCGUGUGGCAUUUGUAUACAAAACUACGUGAAUUAUUAUCAAGAGGUUUUUCAUUCACUUACAACCGCCAAUAUAUUGAUUUUGAUUUUAUCGGA